CAAAAACAGUCCGACAUAAGACGAUAUGUCGGAUGCAGCAGCUGGGAUCGGAGUUUUACUGGAGAACCCUGAUAUAUUUGUGUUCCUACACAGGGAUGAACAGUAAAUCCUACAAUUUAUGCUAAACCUGCAACACUGGACACCAUAUCUUGUUUAACUAAAAAGAUAGCUACAAAAUGGGAGCCUUCGUUUUAUUAUUUGAAUUGAUUGUUUAUGUAAGAGCUUUGCAAGUUUGCAGUCACCAUGAUGGAUAAUAGUGGGUUUGUCUAUAUAAACCAGGGAAUUCUUUGAAAUUAAAACCAUAAGGUUUCCAAAAAUGUUUGGUGCAAACCAGGCUUCAAAGGCCCAAUUUCUGGACAGGGCCAGGCAGGCACGGGAAGAGAGGAAAGGCCUAAAAGAAAGAGAGAAAGCUGCUAUCAAAAUCCAGGCCCUUAUCAGGAGAUUUCUAUGCAGAUGUCGGCUGCAAAAAGAGAUAAGGCAAGAAGUGGACACAUUUCUUGAAGCUACAGAAAGCAGUUCGGUCAAACCCAAUGCACUUUCUAUAUUUAAAAUAUCCCGGAAGCUGCUGAUUGUGUUCCAUAUGCAGCAAGACCGAACAAGGUUUGAGAAACUUUGUCGCUGUAUUCUUAACAGCAUGGAGUGUGAAAAUGAACCCAAGAUGUGUUUUGUAUCUAUUGCUCUCUCUAAGGACCUUACCCUCCUAUGGAUUAAGCAGAUAAAGGACAUCCUCUGGCUCUGCUGUGAGUUCCUCAAGGUGUUAAAGCCUGAUAUCCUGCAGGACUCCAAGCUUAUCACAAUCUACCUCACCAUGUUGAUCAACUUCACCGAUACCUCCACAUGGAAGAUAUUCAGAGGGAAAGGGGAAAGCCUGAGACCUGCAAUGAACCAUAUCUGUUCAAAUAUUAUGGGGCACCUCAACCAGAAGGGAUUUUAUUCUGUGCUGCAGAUCCUGCUAACCAAUGGCCUGGCUAGAACACGCCCCUCCUUAUCUAAAGGCACUCUCACAGCAUUAUUUACUUUGGCAUUGCGUCCUGUGGUGGCGGCGCAGUUUUCUGACAAUCUCCUUCGCUCCUUUCUGAUCCAUAUAAUGUCUGUUCCAGCUCUGAUUUCUCACCUCUGUAAUGUUUCUCCAGAUCGGCUCUCUGUGAUCGAAUCCCACUGCCUAUUCCUCAAAUUCAUUUUGUUCCUAAGUCGGGAGGAGCAGUGCAGAGAUGUAUGUGUGUGUCUAGAAGGAAGCCACACUCUUUGCUUGCUAGGUAACCUUAUCCACCUAGGCAACCUAACGGAAAAGGUCCUAGAGGAAGAGACGGGCCACUUUGUCAGCGUCCUUACCCAAAUGUUGUCUUACUGCCAGAAAUAUGUGUCGCAGAAAAAGUCCAACCUCACUCACUGGCACCCUAUCCUGGGCUGGUUCUCCCAGACAGUGGAUUAUGGUCUCAAUGAGUCCAUGCCCCUACUGACCAAGCAGCUACAACAUCUGUGGGGUGUGCCCAUGAUCCGAAUCCUUUUCCGUGAGGUGCUGAGUAAGAAGUUGGCAGAGAAUCAUGAGGUGUCGGUCACUGCUACACAGAGUUCCUCUCCACAAAACAACUUACCUAUGAAGAAUCUUUUUAAACGAGCAUUCCAGAAAUCUGCCUCUGUCCGGCACAUCCUGAAGCCCAUUGGGGGAAAGCGAGUUGACUCCCAAGAGGUGCAAAAAGUAUGCAACAUCUGUGUGCUGUACCAGACGGCACUGACCACACUGACACAGAUACGGUUGCAGAUCCUCACUGGUCUCACUUAUCUGGAUGACCUCUUACCCAAGUUGUGGGCAUUUAUUUGCGAGCUAGGACCACAGGGAGGACUGAAGCUCUUUCUGGAGUGUCUGAGCAAUGACACAGAAGAAUCACAGCGACUUUUGGCCAUGCUGGUUCUUUUCUGCGACUGUUCCCGGCAUUUAAUUACGAUUCUGGAUGACAUUGAAGUAUAUGAGGAGCAGAUCUCCUUCAAGGUGGAAGAGCUGGUUACAAUCUCCUCUUUCCUUAACUGUUUUGUGUUCAAGAUGCUCUGGGAUGGUCUUGUGGAGAAUUCAAAAGGAGAAACCCUUGAGCUGUUUCAUUCUGUGCAUGGCUGGCUGAUGGUGCUGUAUGAAAGAGAUUGCCGAAGGAGAUUUGCCCCAGAAGACCACUGGCUACGGAAGGAUCUGAAACCAGCACUUCUCUUUCAAGAGCUGGACAAGGAAAGGAAAAGAGCCCAGCUUCUGCUUCAGUACAUUCCCCAUGUAAUCCCACACAAGAAUAGAGUCCUCUUGUUCCGGAAUAUUGUCACCAAGGAGAAGGAGAAGCUAGGCUUAGUGGAGACCAGCACUGCCUCUCCACAUGUUACCCACAUCACUAUACGGAGGUCACGUAUGUUGGAGGAUGGAUAUGACCAGCUGCGGCAGCUUUCCCAGAAUGCUAUGAAAGGGGUCAUACGUGUAAAGUUUGUGAAUGACCUUGGUGUUGAUGAGGCCGGGAUAGACCAAGAUGGUGUAUUUAAGGAGUUCUUAGAAGAAAUUAUAAAGAAAGUGUUUGAUCCAGCUUUAAAUCUUUUCAAGACUACCAGUUCUGGAGAUAGAUUAUAUCCAUCUCCUACAUCUUAUAUUCAUGAGAACUACCUGCAGUUGUUUGAAUUUGUAGGAAAGAUGUUGGGCAAAGCAGUAUAUGAGGGAAUUGUAGUAGAUGUUCCCUUUGCCUCAUUCUUUCUUAGCCAGCUCCUUGGGCACCAUCACAGCAUUUUUUACAGCUCUGUGGAUGAACUGCCUUCAUUGGACUCUGAGUUCUACAAGAAUCUUACCUCCAUCAAGAGAUAUGAUGGCGAUAUUAGUGAUCUGGGCCUAACGCUGUCAUAUGAUGAAGAUGUCAUGGGACAGCUGAUCUGUCAUGAACUGAUCCCAGGAGGAAAGUCUAUUACAGUCAGCAAUGAAAACAAAAUUAGCUACAUUCAUCUCAUGGCUCACUUCCGUAUGCACACGCAAAUUAAAAACCAAACAGCUGCUCUGAUCAGUGGGUUUCGCUCUAUCAUCCGCCCUGAAUGGAUCCAUAUGUUCUCUGCACCUGAGCUUCAGCGGCUUAUAUCAGGAGACAAUGCAGAGAUUGACCUGGAUGACCUCAAGAAGCACACUGUUUAUUAUGGAGGCUUCCAUGGAAGUCACAGAGUUAUUGUCUGGCUGUGGGAUAUCUUGGCCAAUGAUUUCACUUCAGAUGAAAAAGCCAUGUUUUUAAAGUUUAUUACCAGCUGCUCCCGACCUCCUCUCUUAGGAUUUGCCUACCUCAAACCUCCCUUCUCUAUCCGUUGUGUGGAAGUGUCAGAUGAUCAGGAUACAGGGGACACCCUGGGUAGUGUUCUACGAGGUUUCUUCACCAUCAGGAAAAAGGAACCAGGAGGGCGUUUGCCAACAUCCUCCACUUGUUUUAACUUGCUUAAACUUCCAAACUACAGCAAGAAGGGGAUUUUACGUGAGAAACUGCGCUAUUCUAUCAGCAUGAACACUGGUUUUGAGCUGUCUUAGCAAUUGGCUUUUGACCUUCAGUUCACCAUGAAAGGAUUACAAUAUCUAGGAUCAAACCACUUAAUUAUGCAGUUUCCUUGGCACAUGGCAUUUGGAAGCGUGAUUUUCAUCUCCAUUUUUUUUAUCCCUAUAUGAGCCCAUAGGAAAAGUGAGGUGAAAGCAAGAGGUCAUAUAAGAGAAGCACCAGUUCCUGCAGCUUCUUUCACUAUCAUUUUAAAAUCUUCACAAGAAACUUUUGAGUGCUAUCAACGUGCACAAAAAGUGCAUUUCCAUACUAAGAAAUAUACACUCAGCUCAGGGCUUGGGCUUGUUUUUAUGUAAAAUACAAAAAGAAGUUAUACCAGGUAUAUGUAAAUUAAGGUAUGACAGCCAGAUAUAUAGAUUUAUUCUGGAUAUUUAUGAAGGGCCUAUACUUGUGAAAUACAUUUGCUGUCUGCAGAGGA